GAAUGUUUUCGUGUUGCACUCCUAAAAAAGCUCAUCUUUCUAACCACCAGGGGAAAUCCAUGCAGGUCGGAAUGCUAUCUGCUCCUCACCUUAUUCAUAGUGACUUCAUUUCUGUCAGACACCUUCCGUGCCAUGCAUGAUUUCAAACCAUGACGUCUUAGUGUAUUACCAACAGUUACCUUGGAAACUGUGGUCCCAGCUCUUUUCAGGUCAUUGACCAGCUCCUCCCAUGCAUUGACCACCUUUCUUAGAAUCAUUGAAACCCUACGAGGUGAGAUCUUGCAUGGAGCCCCAGUCUGAAGGAAAUUGACAGGCUUGGUUAGCUUCUUCCAUUUUUAAUAAUUGCUCCAACAGUGGUUCUUUUUUUAUCUUGGCAAUUGCCCUGUAGUCCUUUCCAUCCUUGUGGAGGUUUACAACUUUGUCCCUGGUGUAUUUAGACAGCUCUUUGGUCUUUGCAGUGUUAUUAGUUAAGGUCCUACAGAUUGUAUGAGGUGGACGGGUGUCUUUAUGCAGCUGACAACUUCAAACAGGUGCUUCUAAUUUAGGAUAAGGAGUAGAGGUGGACUAUUUAAAGGCGGACUAACGGGCCUUAACUCUAGCUGAUAGACAGGUGGGCAAGUACUUAUUUCUAGUAGUAUCAUACAAAUAAAUGAUUUUAAUAAUCAUGCAAUAUGAAUUCCAAAUUGUUUUUAGAAGUGAGAGAUCAUUGUCUCUCACCAUGGACAUACAGCUAAGAAGAAAAUGUCAGACCCCUCCAUGAUUUCUAAGUGGGAGAAUCUGCAAAAUGACAGGGUCUUCAAAUACGUAAAUGCCUCAAUAUGUGUAACCCACUGAUGGAAAGAGGCUUAGCUGGAAAUUAGGCCAGAUGGAUAUUAGACCAGGUUCUAUGUGAGACUUUUGGGGGACCAGUUGCAAUGUUUUUGCAGCUUUCUGAACCACAAGAGUUCAUGUUCUUUGUCUUUGUGAUUCUGUGCACAUCAGAGCCCUGUGCUGUUUCCAACAGACAGAUCUUACUGGAGUUUAUACUAGUUUUAUCUAAAGGCUGAAGCUAAAAAGCUUUCUGCAAAAGCACAAAACACAUUGACACAUAGAAACUUAUCAUUACCAUCAAGGAAAUGAAGGAUGCGGCGAGGUAUUUCACACGCACACACAUGCGCACAGUCAACAGACAUGGUAGAGUCUCCAGGAAGUAGAGAUACAAACUCAGUUGCUUGAGAGCUUUUGCUCAAAGGUGCAUGGGAUGUCACCAACGCCAGGCCUCUCUAGGUGUCAGCGCUCUUCUCCACCAUGAUCAACACUUUUCAGACCAGCAUAGCUCCACCGCCGGUGCCCCCACGCCUGGGCCGGUCUCAACCGUUUCUCAUCCCGGCUCCGCUACCAUCAUCGGGCAGCAACAAACAUCUAAUUCGAUUUUUGGUUUGUGUGGUGACCCUGCUGCUCUUCAUCGCUGUUGGAGGAUUUCUAUUUAUUUACUACAACAACAGCAACAACAACAACAAUAAAGAAGCUGAAAAAGGUCCCUCAGCUCAAGCAAUAGUUGGUCAUCAUCCCUCAGAAAAACGGGAAACAUCCAGCAGAGCUUUGGCGCGCAUGAUUGCUGAUAGUAGUCAAAAAAGCAAUACCAAAAACGAAUCAUCGGGUUAUCUCAAGUGGCAAAAGGAUCACUCCAUUCUCAAGAAGAUCAAUUUCUACAAAGAGCACUGGGUAACCAUUUUGGAGCCAGGUGACUACCACGUUUUCUCCAGGGUGACGUUUUCCAAAGGGAUCUUAAGAAAACCACUGGCCGGCAGAAUCAAGCUGAGGCAGAGUCACAGCGAGGAAGAGGAGAUUAAGAUGAAGGCUUACUGCAGCUUGAACUACAGUGCGUCCAACCCUGAGAUGUGCACGAUCACAAUGGAAGACCUGCUCACUUUAAAGAGAGGAAAUCAACUGAGCGUGUGGGUGCAGGACCUCUCACUGGUAGACUAUGAAGAAGGAGCGACAACAUUUGGGAUGUUUCAAUUGUAGCAGCUCAAAUGUGGACCUAAGCUGAAGUGCUGGAUCUUACAGAGAUGAGGGACUUGGAUUUACACGGAACACAAAAAAAAAACCUACUUAAAAAUCUAUAAUUUAUUAAAUAAUAUUGUUUUUGGUUUUUUUGUAAAUUGUUUUUCUGUAUUUAUUGAUGCAAACUGAAUGCUUUCUUCCUCUUCAAUGUUUUUAGAAUAUUUAUUUUGUUUUUUGUUUCUUAAUUUGCAUUGCAAUCAAGAAUAGACUUAAAAUGUUUAACAUUCAGGACUUACAAACUCCUUUUUUUGUAAGUCAGAUUGCACAGAAACACUGCCCAUAGAGUUCACUCCAAUUGUAUGCAGCUUUUAUUUAUUUAAAAAAAUAUUUGGAAUAGAGUAAAUAAAAAAACGGUGAAUGGUCCUUCCUGCCUUAUUAAUAAUCAACAGAGGUAAUUAAAAAACGACUAAUUUGUAGAACAUGAAAGGAGAAAAUAUUAAACUGUAUCCCAAAAUAUAACUGAAGCACUAAAGAUAUACAGCGGGUUACAAGCUCAGAUGAUUUUUCUUCCUUCCUACUAAAAAUUGUAACGCUAUUUUGAAUUUAAGAGGACAGUUUAGGAACUAUUUCCAGUAUAAAAUGUUAAUUUUCAGCGGUGUGUCAUCAGGGAAAGUUUGACCUCCUACAGCAGUCGUCCUCUCACUUUACUCUUUGAGGUAAACACACUCAUUUAUUCCUGAAGGCUGUGAGAAACUGUGGACGGCUGCUGUGCUGUGUCUGGUUUACCAGAAAGAAAAGAUUGCUCUCAUCUCUUUAACAAGAUUAAAGUGUGCGGUGUUUAAGUCAUAAUUAAGGGUUCCACUACUAACGCACCUUGGGAGAACAUCUGGGUUUAAAAGUUUGCCUUCAGAGCUGAUCAAAGUUGAAACUUGCACUUUAAACUGCUUCAAAUGAUUGAGAAUUCGACAAAAUGGAAGGUGUGAAAUCCUGGAGGUGUUUAGAUGCAGAGGCCGCCUCACAGGAUGUUCUUUAGUCACUUCUUCCACCCUGUGCAAGGUUUCCUGAGAGCAAACUGACUGUGAGGUAAAAAGAUCAUCUUUGAGGAUUUCCACUGCAAACUUGGAUUGUUCCCCUUUCCCCUCCCCUGGUUUUAACUGAUCACAAACCUUAAACUGGGGUUGUCAUAAUAAAGUUUUAAUAAAAGAAUGACCAUACCAAACAGAAAAGUACAGGUUAUUUAGAAAAAAA